UUUUUCCUGAUAGGUCAGUUUAUUGCUUUGCAUCUUGCACACGGCCACGGGCAAGGAAAAGAAAAUAAACUAUCCCGAAAAAGUUAAAUUUAUAUUUGGUGGAAAUUUCAUGAAAAACUGAUAAAAAUAUCGGCAUUUAACCGGGCGAUUCGCUGUGGAUGAUGAACUUUUAGAUGAGUUUGCGAAACGCCAAUCAAAGUAACCGUGCAGUUGAUAUUGAACCCGUAUCGCAGUCGACUGUAAAAGCAAGGAGUGCCGCCGAAGUGAUAAGCCUACUAUGACCACUCUGUUUGCUCGUAUUUUUCGCCAAGCAAAAGUUACGUUCGAGCAGGCCAAUGCAGAGCGUUUCCUCAGCAACCUGCAGAAUCUGCGUGCCCUGAUGGACCAGCUCACGUUGGACGAUCUGAACCUGGACCCGGCGGUGGUGUCCCAAGAGACGUUCCAGCAACCGACCAAAGCACCCUGUACCUUCAUCGACAUCUUCGAGAACAACUACUUCACGAUGUCGGUCUUUGUGCUGCGGGAGAACUACACCAUGCCUCUGCACGACCAUCCCCGGAUGCAUGGCCUACUGCGGGUGGUUGCGGGUGGCUCGGUUAAAAUCCAAAGUUUCACGGAAAUCGAUCGCCGGGAGGAGAUUCAACGAAACGGGGACGAACUGCGCCACGUGCUGGUCAGUGUGGAGCAGGAGCGAGUCAUCAGUGCCGGCAAGGCCGAAUGUGCUAUGCUUACGCCAACGGAGCGUAACUUUCACGAGAUUACGGCCAUCGGGGGACCGGCGGCAUUUUUCGAUAUCCUGAGCCCCCCGUACAACGCGGACAUUCCCGUGUACGGCAAACGGACUUGCUCUUUCUACCGAAAGCUGCUACUUCCCGGCGAUGGGGCCACCAAUGAUGGCCGCAAGCGAAUGGUCCUGGAGAAGAUUCCCACGCCGGACCAUUACUACUGUGAUACGGAGCAAUAUGACACCCCGGAAUUUAUGUUAGGUAGCGCUACCAGCGAGUAGUGUGUGGAUUAAAAGCGAAUCAGACGCGCUGGAGAAGACGAUUUACGGAAGGCGGCACAAAGAUGACGUCCAAAAGCUAUACCCCUUCAAAAGAUACAAAAACUUUGUACAAGCAGGCGUUGAUGCAUUCGUCAUAACACAUUUUUUGGAACGAACUAAGGUCAAAGCCUACUUGAUAUCUCUGUUUCUUAAAUAACUGCGAAUUUUAAACGCGUUUGAAUGCAUCACCGCCCAGUAUGCUUUGACCUGGUUGACCAGCAGAGUAAAUGUGGUUUGUAGUGAUUUUCUCCGACUAGGUAACUGAAUAACAUUUCAUUCGUUAUUCGAACGCUGAAAUUGUCGAUUGUAGGCGAUUGUGUUUGACCCCUUCGUCAUAUCUAGUAUUUUCGCUCCUCUCUUGGUUUUAAGUUUGUAAACUCGCCGACAAAGAUUGUUAAUUGUAUAACAUGUACUGAGUUGAAAAUAAAAUAGAGUUACUUAUGAUUUAAGUAUAAAAGUUA